AUGACUAUCACAGCAGAGAACAACUUAGAGUACCGCCAGGGUAAGCUCUUCGUGCACGCCAUCGAGGAGAAAGCGCAAUGGAUACCGAACAACAUGUACAUGCGUUAUGCGCCGGAUGACUGGUUGCACAGCGGUUACAAAACGAUUACAUGGAAGCAAUACGCAAGUGCCAUCGAUAAGAUGGCUUUCUGGUUUGACGAGCGGCUUGGUAAAGCGGUGGAUUGCGAGACGAUUGCUUAUUUCGGGCCCAACGAUCCACGGUAUGCCAUCUUGAUACCAGCUGUUGUAAAGAAUGGACGGAAACCUCUGUAUUUGCUGAUUCCCGAUGGACGAGUGACCAAAGAGGGGCUUGCGGGCUUGAUUAAAGCGAGUAGUUGCAAAGUAUGGCUCUAUCCAGAAGACGAUGCCGUAGGGCCGUUGGUCGAUGCAGAUUCAGGCUUGAAGCUAUGUGCUUUGCCGUCGCUUGAAUGGAUGCUUGACAACGGAGGCCAAAAGCGAUACACGUAUGACAAAACGUUUGGAGAGGCCAAAUGGGAUGAAAUCGUCAUCAUCCAUACAUCAGGCACUACUGGCGAACCCAAGCCUAUCUUUCACACAAAUGGCAUGUGGAGCGGAUUAGGGAAUGUGCCGAUACUGAGUCGAAGACAUUGGCCCCGCGGCAUUGAGUACGAAAGCUGGAUCGGGAAGACGUCUCUCAAUCCAUGUCCACCGCAAUGGAUAGCCGGCUUACAUGCGAUGGUUUUGAGCCCGCUCUUCCUAGACAGUCCCUGCGUCAUGACGCCCCGGGACGAAGUUUCCCUGACUCCUAACCUGUUCAAGAAGAUCGUGUCGAUGAACAGAAUUGAAGGCAUUAGCCUCUACGCGGACCCAGAAACUCGACAAAUGCUGAAGUCACUGGACUUCAUUGUGUACACGGGUGCACCCUUGGAUCGAGCGAUUGGGGACGACCUUUGUCAGCAUACGAGAUUGAGCCCGAUGAUUGGCUCCACGGAAAAUGGAGAUCAGAUUGGCCUACGACCAGCCGAUAGAAAGCUCUGGUAUACCCAUGACUUUGUUCCAGAAAAUGGUCAUAGGAUGGUGCCUUUGGACGCAGGCUCGGACGGUCUCCACGAGCUCAUAUUGGAGCAGGUUGGAGAUGGGCGUACCAAUCCUUUUCAGACAUCCUUCUGGAACACAGCACAUCGUUUCCUGGAGCGGAUCGAAACGAAGGAGCUCUACAGGCCCGUCAAGGACUCUGACGGUCGCACGCGAUGGGCGUUUUCUGCCCGCAAAGACGACUUGACGAAGCUGAGUUGGCUGGCAAAGUUUCAUGCGCAGGAUAUUGAAAGGCGUAUUUUGCAACAUCCAGACGUCGAAAAUGUGCUGGUAGGUGGAGAAGCCCGGCCUGCGCCGUAUGUUAUCGUUCAGGCAAAGGAAGGUGUGCUGGACGGAAAGAGCGAGGUGCAGUUGCUUGAUGAGCUUUAUGAUGGGGUUAUUGCUGCCACCAAUAAGGCUGAUUUGAGUGAGAUCAGAAUUCCCAGGGAAACGAUCAUGAUUGCGAAGAAAGAGAAGCCGCUCAAGGUCAGCUUGAAGCAGUUGGUCCAGAGGAAGGCUGUUGAGCAGGACUAUUCGGAGGAAAUCGAGCAAGCAUAUGUGCGGCUGGAGAACAGCAGGAAGCCUUAG